AGUCAAACUAACUACAAUGUAUCUAUUGAUUAUGGCCUUAAUGAUGAAUAUAUUUACUAUAAUAAUCUUGAUAUGCACUUACAAUACCGGCGAGCACAAAACCACGAAAAAAAUAUGUAUGGGAAUCCAGUUACUUUCAUCCGCCUGUUUUGCGUACUUAUUGCUAGAGGUGGAUUCAUUCUUAUCCACUUAGGGAGUGUCCCUACAGACAAUAUCUACAGAGUAAUCUUCUAUAACGUAUUUCAAAUUGCCAAUUGCAUCAUAUCGUAUAUCUCCUUUGGGUUGAUGGCUUCUUUUGGAGAUAUCAGCUUUGGCGGAUGGAUCGGAUAUUCGGAAUACAUCAAUUAUGAUAUGGAUCUUGCUGUUUUUGGCUUCUGUUGUUGUCUGAUUGGUUCCGCUCAAAUAUCAACGUUUCUAACCGGAAGAGUUCAUUUGGCAACUUCAAUAAUAGUGACCACCCUAUAUUGUAUCAUCAUCCAGCCUCUUCUGAUGCACUGGAUAUGGCAUGAUGAAGGUUGGAUGAACAAAAGUAUACUUCUGGAGAAAAGAGUGUCUGUGAAAGACUAUGCUGGAGACUUGGUUGUUCACUUGUCGAGCAGCUUGAUGGGGCUUAUUGGUAUCGCAUUUCUGGGAAGACGAUUGCUUAGGGUAAAAGACCUCGACGAGCGUUCAAUUGGUGCUGGACAAUCAGGCAGUACGAUCAUUGGUUACAUAUUGAUAAUCGCAGGACAUAUAGCGUUCAGUUUACCUACGCUAAAAUAUGAGAGUGAAAGAGCUCCUAAUAAUUAUAUGAACAUUAUUCUGGUCAAUAAUAUCAUUGCAUUGGCCGCAGGUAUUGGCUUGGUAAGCCUGUUUCACCUCUUCAUCUUCCGUAAAGUCUUCAGCUACUGGAUCGUUCUAAGAUGCCUCCAAGGUGGUAUAGCUGGCGUUAUAUCAAUAGCAGCUGCAGUUGACGCAUACUCCUGGAUACAAUGCGUCGCAGUUGCUGUUGUAGCUGCAGUUUUGUUCUUUUUCUUAUCCAUCCUCAUCCAUAACACUGCUUUGGAGGAUUAUUGUAACUCUACAGCGAGUGUGUUUGCUAGUUCGAUCAUAGGGUGUAUGGCUCCGCCUAUAUUGCUUAUGACUGAAAACUUUGGCGGUAGGAGUAAAAAGAUCCACGUCUUAUGGCAAUUCAUAUGUUUCCUUGUAGCAUUUUCUUGCAUCGCGCUAAUUGCCUGGUUACUUUUCAUGUUGCUUUCGAUGUGCAAGCUGCUUAGGAAUAAGAAAGAGGAAGAAAACCAUAGAAGGGCGUUAGUGAUACAAAAAUAUUUACCAAAACGAGGAUUCGUGGAAAGAUUGUUUGCUAUAGACAGCAAAACUGAACAUAUUGCUCCCGGCAAAGAUAAAGUGAAGUCUGUACGUAUUGACAGAACUAUUGAGACAGGCAAAGAUGUUGAAAGAAGAGGAACUUUUGGAGAUUCGUUUUCAGGCGAGGGAAGUUUAUCGAGAUCAUUCUCUUAAGAAUUAUUUUUUCAACCAAUUCGAGAUAGAGGUGACAAAAUAAAGUAUUUAAUAUCUUUCAGUCAUCAUUCAUAGUGAAUUCUGAGUAUUUUUAUAAGAAAAUGUACUGUUAGAAUUACUAUUUCAUAGAAACAGUAUGUAACGAUUUCAAUCGUAAACGUAAAUAUUGUAGAAAGUGUUGCCG